GCAAGUUUCCGCCCCGUCCUUUCCCCAGUGACAGGACUUGGCGGCGGCCACGGCCAGGGAGGCGGAGGGAGGGACGGCCUGGCUCCCGAGCCCCCUCCCCUGCUCGCUAGCUCGCGCGGUCUGUGUCUCUCUCCGCAAGUGCGGAGACGCGGAGGAGGAGGAGGAGGGAGUUGGGGGAGGAUCUCCAUUGAAAUAAACAACCAGGCAGCAGUUAUUAACACGGGAACAUGGCGGCCGCAGCCUCAGCCACAGCUUCGGCGGCGAAGGUCAGCGCCGACGGCAGCCGGCACCUGACGGCGUGACCGACCCGAGCCGAUUUCUCUUGGAUUUGGCUACAAAAUUAUAGAUCUUCUGCACUGUGUACAGGCACAGUUGCUGAUAUGUGUUCAAGAUGAGUGGGAUUGGAGAAAACACCUCUGACCCAUCCAGGGCAGAGACAAGAAAGCGCAAGGAAUGUCCUGACCAGCUCGGACCCAGUCCCAAGAGGAGCACUGAGAAACGUAAUCGUGAACAGGAAAAUAAAUACAUCGAAGAACUUGCAGAGCUGAUUUUUGCAAAUUUUAAUGAUAUAGACAACUUUAACUUCAAACCUGACAAAUGUGCAAUCUUAAAAGAAACUGUGAAGCAAAUUCGUCAGAUCAAAGAACAAGAAAAAGCAGCGGCCGCCAACGUGGAUGAAGUGCAGAAGUCAGACGUGUCAUCAACCGGGCAGGGCGUCAUCGACAAGGACGCGCUGGGGCCUAUGAUGCUUGAGGCCCUUGAUGGGUUCUUCUUUGUAGUGAACCUGGAAGGCAACGUUGUAUUUGUUUCAGAGAACGUGACACAAUACCUAAGGUAUAACCAAGAAGAGCUGAUGAACAAAAGUGUAUAUAGCAUCCUGCAUGUUGGGGACCACACUGAAUUUGUCAAAAACCUGCUGCCAAAGUCUAUAGUGAAUGGGGGAUCCUGGUCUGGCGAACUUCCUAGGCGGAACAGCCAUACCUUCAAUUGUCGGAUGCUGGUAAAACCUCUACCAGAUUCGGAAGAAGAAGGUCACGAUAACCAGGAAGCACACCAGAAAUACGAAACUAUGCAGUGCUUUGCUGUCUCUCAACCAAAGUCCAUCAAAGAAGAAGGAGAAGAUUUGCAGUCCUGCUUGAUUUGUGUGGCAAGAAGAGUUCCUAUGAAGGAGAGACCAGUUCUUCCCUCAUCAGAAAGUUUUACUACUCGCCAAGAUCUCCAAGGCAAGAUCACUUCACUGGACACAAGCACCAUGAGGGCAGCCAUGAAACCAGGCUGGGAGGACCUGGUGAGAAGGUGCAUUCAGAAGUUCCACGCGCAGCAUGAAGGGGAGGCUGUGUCCUAUGCUAAGAGGCAUCAUCAUGAAGUGCUGAGACAAGGAUUGGCGUUCAGUCAAAUCUACCGUUUUUCCUUGUCCGAUGGCACUCUUGUUGCUGCACAGACGAAGAGCAAACUCAUCCGUUCUCAGACUACUAAUGAACCUCAGCUUGUAAUAUCAUUACAUAUGCUUCACAGAGAGCAAAAUGUGUGUGUAAUGAAUCCGGAUCUGACUGGACAAGCGAUGGGGAAGCCAUUGAAUCCACUUAGCUCUAGCAGCCCUGCCCAUCAGGCCAUGUGCAGUGGGAACCCAGGUCAGGACAUGACCCUCGGUAGCAAUAUAAAUUUUCCCAUCAAUGGCCCAAAGGAACAAAUGGGCAUGCCCAUGGGCAGGUUUGGCGGUUCCGGGGGAAUGAACCAUGUGUCAAGCAUGCAAGCAACCACUCCUCAGGGUAGUAACUAUGCACUCAAAAUGAACAGUCCCUCACAGAGCAGCCCUGGCAUGAAUCCAGGACAGCCCAACUCCAUGCUUUCGCCACGGCAUCGCAUGAGCCCCGGAGUGGCUGGCAGCCCUCGAAUCCCACCCAGUCAGUUUUCCCCUGCAGGAAGCUUGCAUUCCCCUGUGGGAGUUUGCAGCAGCACAGGAAAUAGCCAUAGCUACACCAACAGCUCCCUCAACGCACUUCAGGCCCUCAGCGAGGGGCAUGGGGUCUCACUGGGGUCGUCGCUGGCUUCACCAGACCUAAAAAUGGGCAAUUUGCAAAACUCCCCCGUUAAUAUGAAUCCUCCCCCACUCAGCAAGAUGGGAAGCUUAGACUCCAAAGACUGUUUUGGACUUUAUGGGGAGCCCUCUGAAGGUACACCUGGUCAAGCAGAGAGCAGCUGCCAUCCGGGAGAGCAGAAGGAGACCAGCGAUUCCAGCAUGCCCCAGGCCGUGAGCAGUGAGAGAGCCGAUGGACAGAAUCGGCUGCAUGACAGCAAGGGACAGACCAAACUCCUCCAGCUGCUGACCACCAAAUCUGACCAGAUGGAGCCUUCGCCCUUAUCCAGCUCCCUGUCGGACACAAACAAGGACUCCACGGCGAGCCUGCCUGGCUCUGGCUCGACACACGGAACCUCGCUCAAGGAGAAGCAUAAGAUUUUGCACAGACUCUUGCAGGACAGCAGCUCCCCCGUGGACUUGGCCAAGCUAACAGCAGAAGCCACGGGCAAAGAGCUGAGCCAGGAGGCCAACAGCACAGCUCCCGGCUCAGAAGUGACUGUUAAACAAGAGCCCGUGAGCCCCAAGAAGAAAGAGAAUGCACUACUUCGCUACCUGCUAGACAAAGAUGAUACUAAAGAUAUUGGUUUACCAGAAAUAACCCCCAAACUUGAGCGACUGGACAGUAAGACAGACCCUGCCAGCAACACAAAAUUAAUAGCUAUGAAAACUGAGAAGGAGGAGAUGAGCUUUGAGCCCAGUGAGCAGCCUGGCAGUGAGCUGGACAACUUGGAGGAGAUUUUGGAUGAUUUGCAGAAUAGUCAAUUACCACAGCUUUUCCCAGACACGAGGCCAGGCGCCCCUGCUGGAUCAGUUGACAAGCAAGCCAUCAUCAAUGACCUCAUGCAACUCACAGCCGAAAACAGUCCUGUCGCACCUGUUGGAGCCCAGAAAACAGCAUUGCGAAUUUCACAGAGCACUUUUAAUAACCCACGACCAGGGCAACUGGGCAGGUUAUUGCCAAACCAGAAUUUACCACUUGACAUCACAUUGCAAAGCCCAACUGGUGCUGGACCUUUCCCACCAAUCAGAAACAGUAGUCCCUACUCAGUGAUACCUCAGCCAGGAAUGAUGGGUAAUCAAGGGAUGAUAGGAAACCAAGGAAAUUUAGGGAACAGUAGUACAGGAAUGGUGGGUAGCAAUCCUCCCCGGCCCGCUAUGCCGUCUGGGGAAUGGGCACCACAGAGUUCUGCGGUGAGAGUCACCUGUGCUGCUACCACCAGUGCCAUGAACCGGCCAAUCCAAGGAGGGAUGAUUCGGAACCCAACAGCCAGCCUCCCCAUGAGACCCAACAGCCAGCCUGGCCCAAGACAGAUGCUUCAGUCUCAGGUCAUGAAUAUAGGGCCAUCUGAAUUAGAGAUGAACAUGGGGGGACCUCAGUACAGCCAACAACAAGCUCCUCCAAAUCAGACUGCCCCGUGGCCCGAAAGCAUCCUGCCUAUAGACCAGGCAUCCUUUGCCAGCCAAAACAGGCCGCAGUUCGGCAGCCCUCCAGAUGACUUGCUGUGUCCGCAUCCUGCGGCAGACUCUCCGAGUGAUGAAGGGGCUCUCCUGGACCAGCUCUAUCUGGCCCUGCGGAACUUCGAUGGCCUUGAGGAGAUUGACAGAGCGCUCGGGAUACCCGAACUGGUCAGCCAGAGCCAGGCAGUCGAUCCAGAGCAGUUCCCAAGUCAGGACUCGAACAUCAUGCUGGAGCAGAAGGCCGCCGUUUUCCCGCAGCAGUAUGCGUCUCAGGCACAGAUGGCCCAGGGGAGCUAUCCUGCCAUGCAAGACCCAAGCUUUCACAGCAUGGGCCAGCGGCCGAGCUACGCCACACUCCGCAUGCAGCCCAGACCGGGCCUCAGGCCCACCGGCCUGGUGCAGAACCAGCCAAACCAGCUGAGACUCCAGCUGCAACACCGUCUCCAGGCCCAGCAGAAUCGCCAGCCGCUUAUGAAUCAAAUCAGCAAUGUUUCCAACGUGAACUUGACUCUGAGGCCUGGAGUACCAACACAGGCACCGAUUAACGCACAGAUGCUGGCCCAAAGACAGAGGGAAAUCCUGAACCAGCAUCUUCGACAGAGACAGAUGCAUCAGCAACAGCAAGUUCAGCAGCGAACGUUGAUGAUGAGAGGACAAGGGUUGAAUAUGACCUCAAGCAUGGUGGCUCCUGGUGGCUUACCAGCAACUCUGAGCAACCCCCGGAUGCCCCAGGCAAACGCGCAGCAGUUUCCGUUCCCUCCGAACUACGGAAUAAGUCAGCAGCCUGAUCCAGGCUUUACCGGGGCAACGACGCCCCAGAGCCCUCUGAUGUCGCCUAGAAUGGCGCAUACCCAGAGCCCCAUGAUGCAGCAGUCUCAAGCAAAUCCAGCCUACCAGGCCUCCUCUGACAUGAACGGGUGGGCGCAGGGGAAUAUGGCUGGAAACAGCAUGUUUUCACAACAGUCCCCACCACACUUUGGGCAACAAGCAAACACCAGCAUGUACAAUAACAAUAUGAACAUCAGUGUAUCCAUGGCGACCAACACAGGUGGGAUGAGCAACAUGAACCAGAUGACAGGACAGAUCAGCAUGACCUCAGUGACCUCCGUGCCUACGUCAGGGCUGUCCUCCAUGGGUCCCGAGCAGGUUAAUGAUCCUGCUCUGAGGGGAGGCAACCUUUUCCCAAACCAGCUGCCUGGAAUGGAUAUGAUUAAGCAGGAGGGAGACACAUCACGGAAAUACUGCUGACCCUGAAGGUAGCUGGUUGCUUCUCUCUUCAGCUGACUGGGCUCACUUGCUCAAAACACGUACCAGCCUGGAGAGCUGUGUCUAUUUGUUUUGACCCAAUCGACCUGCCAGCCAGUUCUGCCAGAGCCAGGUCAGCAGAUGGGCCUGGGCCCCGGCUCCCAGGGUGGAGUCCACUUGGUUGUUGCCGGAGGAGCGGCCUCUUCUCUUGACAGUCUGAAGCUCACGUCCAGACAGUUGCUCAGUCUGUUCACUGCAUUCACCUUAGUGCAACUUAGAUCUCUCCUGCAAAGUAAAUGUCGACAGGCAAAUUUCAUACCCGUGUCAGAUUGAAUGUAUUUAAAUGUAUGUAUUUAAGGAAAACAACCCUGCUCUUGUUCUGUUCCUGUUUGGUUCCAGACACUGGUUUCUUGCUUUGUUUUCCCUGGCUUAUCAGUCUAGUGCAAAAGAUUAAGAUUUCAUCUCGGGGAAAGAAAAGAAUUACACAAACAAACAAA